AACACGGUUCGAAUUCUUGUCUCUUGACGUAGGAGCUCACAUCAUGCGGAUUGGUGUCUACAAAUCACCCAAAUGGUUUUCUCGCGCUUUCACUUCCACCUGUGCGCUGAACCCUCCCCAGACAUAGCUAGACACACGGCUUAUAAAAGAUCUUUUCGUCUCCGAUUAGCCAUACUGCCAUCAAUCCGAGUCCUUCCACCAUCUACAACUAUCCAUGAGCUUGCAUACGACCGACGUUCCCUAACACAGCUACGGAUUCACGAAACCACGUUUCUGCAUCAUCACGUGACCUAACCUCGAUACCAUGGCUUUGAAGACCUUCGCCGAACCGAUUCCUUUACUAAUUCCUGGACCACGAGGUACAUGUACGGUGCAAUACAUGCGCAUCAAUCCCAGAGAGUUGAACAGUGAUCUCCAGAAGAAAGUUUAUCAGCUUUGCACCCCGAGGAACCUAUUUCGCCGCUACCUCCGGAGUUUCACUCGGAAGUUUCUCAUGCAAAGUCUUUCUAUCGCCAAAGUUGAUCUGUCAGAAGCUUUGCCGACGGGAGACAUCGAACCAGGCACACCAGUGCUACUUUACCAGGCACAAUUCACAAAAGACGAAGUUCUCACACUUCUAGUCCGCGAUCGUUCCCGGGGAGCAUCAGAAUUGUCGUCGAUAUCGGAUUAUAUUCUCAGUGAUAAUCGGCGCAGCAAAGGGAAUUAUAUUAGCUGCUGCGGUGCAUGGUACUUGUACUACGAGCUCAGUGGGAGGGUGGCAGCCAAAUGGCUUUUCGUCGCACUAGUACUUUCCCUUAUUGGUGGUAUCGCAGCGGGACUUGCAGGAGACACGAAUCUCGGUCUCAACGUCGGCACAUGUACGUUGGCUGUUCUUUCCGCGGUGCAGUGGCUGUUGAUUUUAUGGCAACAAUGAGAUGACUCAAUCGCAACCGUUCUGGAGUCAAUUUAUUCUCGUCC